GUCAUCUUCUUUACUUUCACAAGGAACAGAAGAUGGCGCCUUUUUCACUAUCCCCCAAUUCAUAUUCUAGGGUUAUUCAAAGAAAAGCUGUUUGAGUAGCCAUUUCUACAAUUUUUCGAGCUUUCUUCGGCUUUUGCCCUAAUUCAAUUGUUGUGGAAAUAUCCGAUGUGCGAAGCAUUGCAAUAGCCAAUGGCGUUCACUUUCACUUCACAGGCACAACAGCCGUCGCUAUUCCAAACUCCGGGACAGCAACAGGCGUCUCCAUUCCAAACUCCCGGGCAGCAGCAAUCAUCUCCAUUCCAAACGCCAGGCCAGCAGCAAGCAUCACCAUUCCAAACUCCCGGCCAGCAACAGCCGUCGCCAUUCUCUCAGAUCACUCCCUUUUCGCAACCACAACAGCAACAACAACAACUUCAAUUUCAGCAGCAACAACAACAGCUUCAGCAACAGCAACAACUGCAAUUGCAGCAACAACAACAGCAACUGCUGCAGCAACAGCAGUCAUCACAGCAGCAACAAUUGUACCUUUUCACCAACGAUAAGACUCCUGCCACCUAUAGUACCAAAUGGGCAGACCUCCACCCGGACUCGCAGAAGCUUCUGUUGCAAAUUGAGGAGAGGAUACUGGAAUACAGGGAUGAAAGCCAAAGGCUUGACCAGUGUAGCCGACUUUAUGAUUCAUCAGUGUCAAAUGAUGGUUUUGAGUUGGAUGCAAGCCGCAGCAUUCAGGAACUUGGUGGAAUUAGUACAUCAAUGGAAAGACAAAAGGCUAUCUUGCAAGAGCUAAUGAUUGUUGUUAAAGAUAUGCUGCGCAAUACAGAGGUUGCGGUGCGCUCUUUUAUGAUGUUACGCCCAAGAUUUCUUCAUCAAAGUGCACCUGCUACUGCAAGCGCUACUGCUCCAUCACAGGCAUCAGGUGCAACUGUAGCUCCAACAGCAUCUGGUUCAGCUCAGUCUACCCCCAAUGCGGCAAUUUUUGAUUUUUACAGUGGGAUACCAAAAAAGCCCUCUCCCUUUUUGCAGCAAACCGUAGCAAGAUUUGAGAAAUAUCUUGUAGAAUGCCGACAAUGGGUUGAAGAAUUGGAGCAGUUGAUGGCCUUAGAUUCUGACAGGAAUUCUAUGAACUCCAAUUCAUCUCUGUUGCAGUCUCUUCCAAAUGUCAUGUCGAAUGUACAUGGCUUUUUUGUUCAUGUUGCUGCAAAGGUAGAGAGUAUUCAUCAGUACAUUGAAUCAAUGAAAACAGCAUACCUGGCUGAUCAGCGGCGUCGAGGGGAUGGGAGCGAUCCUUUUCUUGAGGCUGAUCGGCGGGAAACAGCUAAACAAGAGGCAGCUGCGAAAAGGGUACAUCCAACAUUGCAUUUGCCCACAAUUUCACAACCAUCAACUCAAGUAGCAGGAUUAAUUUCCAGCUCAGCAGCACCUGGGGUAUCCGUUACACCACAAACGUCAUCUGCAGUUUCUUCUGCCUCAGCAGGAAGUGGAUCCUCACUCUUUGCUACCCCAUCCGUUGCUGCUUCAUCUUCUUCCCUGUUCACUACUCCAACAAUGUCAGCUCCAGUCUCCUCUUUGUUCGGAACAUCUGGUGCUUCCCCCCAAAGUUCACUCUUUGGGUCCUUGUCCACUUCAACUCCAGCCUUUAGUACUCCAUUAUUUGGUUCUACCCCAGCUUCUGGAGUUUCAUCUUUUGCAACACCUUUUGCUUCAGGGGCUACACUAGCAUCAGGGGCAAGCUUUGGGACUCAAUCUAAGACUAGAGCAAAAAGUCGUACAGGCAGACGCUAGAGAAUGUGUUUGGUAAUUCAUACAUCUGAGAUUCCAAUGGAUGGAAAUCUCUAUGAUACUGGUUAUCUGUCACAGUAGCUUGGCAAAGCUCAAGCAUUUUGACAAUUCAUGAAAAAUGCAGUUUAUCUACCUCCAGUUUCAUUAUUGUGGACCAGUAUCUCUGCAGAGAUGUUAGUUCACAAGGAUGUCGUGGCAAUGUUAUGUCAUACUAUUUUUCACUUAAUUCUGCUGAUCUAGUGUAUCGAGCUUGAUUUUGUACUCGAGUCUCUUCUAGAUGAUUUUAGUUGCCCCUUUGUAGAAAUGGAACUGGUUAUAUUUGUGAUGCUUUGGAUAUUUGUGUAAACACUUGAUUGAGAUCUCAUAUGUUGUAGACGCGAUCCCCCCAAAUUAUAAACCCUCUUUUUUUGGGUCUGCCUUCUUAAUUUUUUCCCUUUUCAAAUAAGAAAAGAUGUUUCAGGACA